AUGGCCCCUUCCCUCCAGCACGCAUCGCUCCAGGUCACCCACUGCCUCGAGACCACCUUCCUAGGCUCGCAUCUCGGGUAGUCUCUACUCCACACCCUUUCCUCGCGUUACCCGCCUCCCGAACAGCCCUCCUUCCUUCUGUAACGCCUACUCCUCCCUCUCCUGGCCUGCUCCCCGCACUCGUGCCUCGGUGCUGUCCCCGACCACGCCGCGCUCCCCGGCAGCCCCCUGCAUCCCAGGCCCCCGUCUCCGCCGCCCCCGGCGCCAUGGCGUGCAGCCUCAAGGACGAGCUGCUCUGCUCCAUCUGUCUGAGCAUCUACCAAGACCCGGUGAGCCUGGGCUGCGAGCACUACUUCUGCCGCCGCUGCAUCACCGAGCACUGGGUGAGGCAGGAGGCGCAGGGCGCCCGCGACUGCCCCGAGUGCCGGCGAACGUUCGCCGAGCCCGCGUUCGCACCCAGCCUCAAGCUGGCCAACAUCGUGGAGCGCUACAGCGCCUUCCCGCUGGACGCCAUCCUCAGUGCGCGCCGCGCCGCGCGACCCUGCCAGGCGCACGACAAGGUCAAGCUCUUCUGCCUCACAGACCGCGCACUGCUCUGCUUCUUCUGCGACGAGCCGGCGCUGCACGAGCAGCACCAAGUCACCGGCAUUGACGAUGCCUUCGAAGAGUUGCAGAGGGAGCUGAAGGAGCAGCUUCAGGCCCUUCAGGAUAGCGAGCGGGAGCACACAGAGGCGCUGCAGCUGCUCAAGCGACAGCUGGCCGAGACCAAGUCUUCUACCAAAAGCCUGCGGACCACUAUCGGCGAGGCCUUCGAACGGCUGCACCGGCUGCUGCGCGAGCGGCAGAAAGCCAUGCUGGAGGAGCUGGAGGCCGACACAGCACGCACGCUGACCGACAUUGAGCAGAAAGUCCAGCGCUACAGCCAGCAGCUGCGCAAGGUGCAGGAGGGGGCCCAGAUCCUGCAGGAGCGCCUGGCGGAAACCGACCGGCAUACCUUCCUGGCCGGGGUGGCCUCACUGUCCGAGAGGCUCAAAGGGAAAGUCCAUGAGACCAAUCUGACAUACGAAGACUUUCCAACCUCCAAGUACACAGGCCCCCUGCAGUACACCAUCUGGAAGUCCCUGUUCCAGGACAUCCACCCAGUGCCAGCUGCUCUGACCCUGGACCCGGGCACCGCCCACCAGCGCCUGAUUCUGUCCGACGACUGCACCAUCGUAGCCUACGGCAACCUGCACCCACAGCCUCUGCAGGACUCGCCCAAGCGCUUCGAUGUGGAGGUGUCAGUGCUGGGCUCCGAGGCCUUCAGCGGCGGCGUCCACUACUGGGAGGUGGUGGUGGCUGAGAAGACCCAGUGGGUGAUCGGGCUGGCACACGAGGCCGCAAGCCGCAAGGGCAGCAUCCAGAUCCAGCCGAGCCGCGGCUUCUACUGCAUCGUCAUGCACGACGGCAACCAGUACAGCGCCUGCACCGAGCCCUGGACGCGGCUCAACGUCCGAGACAAGCUCGACAAGGUGGGCGUCUUCCUGGACUACGACCAAGGCCUGCUCAUCUUCUACAACGCCGACGACAUGUCCUGGCUCUACACCUUCCGCGAGAAGUUCCCUGGCAAGCUCUGCUCCUACUUCAGCCCCGGCCAGAGCCAUGCCAAUGGCAAGAACGUGCAGCCCUUGCGGAUCAACACCGUCCGCAUCUAAAGCAGUGGAAGGAACCGCAGGCACCAGGGCCACGGCCACCAGCAAGAGCCCUGCCCAGAGACAGGAGGCCUGGACUGCGGCCCCGCUGGGCCAGCCUAGGGUGGUCUGCCCUUCAGCCUCCCUUUCGUGUCUGUGAAAUGGAGGCUGUGCCCUGUAAUUCCUACGCCCCCUUCCAGCAUUGAUGUUCUCAGCUCUGACCUUGACGGGGAUGCAUCUUUGGUCCACGAGUGUAACACGGUUCUCCUCAGGGCAGCCCCUGCCCAACCCUCAUCCCCAUUCUCUGGGGCAGGAGACUGUCUCCCUAUACCUCCCUCCUUCCUGCCCACACGCCCUGACCUCAGGAUACGUCAGAGUGUGUUGCCAGCAGUUGGCAGCUCGAAAGAUACUCAGAACUUUCUUAGGCUCCCAGACCUGAGACUGCCCCUGACCAAGCCUGUAAUGGGCCACUUUACCCUGACCCCAGCCCACCGUGGACACAGGCAGUGGCUGGACCUAGCACGGCCUGAGAACCACCCUCUCCGUCCAAGGACCAAGAGCUCUACGUUCCCGCCUCCCUCCCUACAGGUAGAGCGGUGCUGUGGCCUGUGGAAGGCACCAGGUCACUGAAGCCACAUGUUGCAGCCGCUAUGCCACCACCUUCCUGCCCGCAGGUCUACAGGCAGGACGACGACACACCCCCAAGGCCGAUGCAGAGCCCAGUAGCCCAAAGGCAGCUGCAGGACCAGCAUCACUUAACAAUGAGGCUUGGACGCAGGUCCCCCAGACCGGUGACCUGGCUAGGGUGUGGGGGAGGCUGCGGGGAGCAGUGUUUUCGGCAGGACUUGAGUCCUGGAAUGGGCU